ACAAAAUGGCUUCCAAACGUGGAUGCAUGUGCACUGAAUAUUUUUUAAAGAAUAUUUCAGAUUUACUCGUUGCAGGAUAGAAAAUGAUGACCAUGUCUCUUUGAUUAUGCAGAAGAAUUGAGUAGUGGGCAUAGAAGCCCAUUUUUGACGCGAGUAGCGCAUCGUAAGCACGCUUUGUCGCACUCAGUUUUGUUAAAUCAUGUCGCAGGCGACGAAGAGAAAGCACGUUGCGAAAGAAGUGCUGGACGAUUACGUUGUUCCAGACCCAAAUCAACAGAUUGUUAAGAUAUUAGGUGGACGUGGAAACAACCUUCAUGAAGUGGAAACUUCUGAUGGCACAAAAUUUCUUGUCAGUAUGCCAUCAAAAUUCAGAAAGAGUGUAUGGAUUAAAAGAGGAGAUUUUGUUAUUGUGGACCCCAUAGAAGAGGGAAACAAAGUGUGUGCUGAGAUUGUUCAUAUUCUGUACAGCAAACAAAUCAAAUAUCUGAAAAAUGAAGGACUGUGGCCUUCAGCAUUUGCAGACAAAGCUUCAACUGAUGAAAAAUCAGAUGACAAACAAGUAAACAGCAAUGUCUGUGAACAGAAUAUUAAUGGCAUUAGUGAGGAUGAUGAGGAUGAUGAUGAAGAAGAUGAUGAUGAUGAUGAUGAUCUAUUUGUUAAUCCCAACCAUCAGAGAACAACAUAUUAUGUUGAAUCAGACUCAAGUGAUACAAGUGACAACGGAACCAUGAUAUCUGUGAUCUGUCUUGGAAAUGCUAUUGUCCAUUUCCUGAGAAAGACUGGUCUGGUGUGAACAAUUUGUGAAACAAAAUUGUUAGAAAUAAAUUAUGGUAGUUAAAGGUACAUACACACAGAGAUCUAAACAAAUCUAUGAAUUCAACAAUUUUAUUGUGAAAGAAUCAAAGGGCACAUUAAUGAGACGUUGUGGGUUUUAUUUUAAAUUAAUUUGUAUGAUCUCUUCCUGUUACAAAUGGCAACAUUCUUUCAUUUCUUUUUGAAGUGUGGAACCACAUGUAUUUCGUGUCAUCAACAAAUUAAUAUUUCAAACUGUUGAAUGGAACAUUGCAGAGGAUUGGGUAGACUAAGGGUCACCAAAUUGAUUCUAGGGCUGAAGGGUUUAGGAAUUUGCAAAUUGAAGAAUUUCAUCAAAAGUGGGUGCAAAAAAGAGUCAAAAGCUAAGCAAAAUAGAGAGAACCUUUCUUGCAUGUAGCUGCUUCCAUGUCUAACAUCAUUGGGUAUAUUGACAGCUGGUUAGAAAACUCAGAGACAAGUUUGUACCAUAGAUUUUUUUUGUCCAACCAAAUUUCUUCAAAUUGUCUGCAAUGUAUAUUUACAGUAUCAGCCAAAUUAUUUUAGAACUGCAAAUAUGGUUGCUGAUUUAAUCACAUU